AUGGCGAACACGGCCCAUCUGGUCCGCCGGCAAAGCUCACGCGACUUGAAGCCCCAAAAAAGUGUCGAUAAACUUGAAAUGAAGGAAAUGAGAGGAAGAUUAGUGGUGGACAACAGAAAGGCUAACACCACUGCCAAUUACGGGGCCACGAACGCAGCCUUUGAGGACUCCAGUCCUAAUACGAAGAACAAAACGGGCAAUGGGGGUGGGGGUAGUAAGCUCGGAAGCAAUGAAGGAAAAGCGAUUUUUCGACCGGAAGCGGGAGAGGAUGAAAGAGAAAAUUGGGAUAGUAAGCUUACUUUUCUAUUAGCAACCGUAGGGUACGCUGUAGGGCUUGGGAACGUAUGGAGAUUUCCAUAUCUCGCUCAAAAGAAUGGUGGAGGUGCAUUUUUAAUCCCUUACUUUGUAAUGUUGGCUAUCGAGGGGAUCCCUAUAUUUUAUCUGGAAUUGGCAAUUGGCCAGAGAUUACGAAAGGGUGCUAUCGGUGUAUGGAAUCAGGUUUCUCCGUAUAUGGCUGGUAUCGGUGUAAGCAGUGCUGUAGUAUCGUUCAACGUAGCUCUGUAUUACAAUACUAUUAUCGCUUGGUGCCUCUUCUACUUUGUUCAAGUUAGCAGUCCCACGCAGUAUUUCUGGUAUCGGACGACAUUGAUGAUCUCCGAUGAUAUUAAUACCCCAGAAAUAUUUAAUUGGAAGAUUGCUCUAGCAUUAGUGAUCGCUUGGAUUCUUGUCUACAUGUGUAUGAUCAAAGGAAUCGCGUCUUCAGGGAAGGUCGUGUACGUGACAGCCACAUUUCCAUAUAUCGUUUUAAUCAUUUUCUUCUUCCGUGGCGUCACUUUAACAGGGAUGUCUGAUGGCCUACGUCAUCUUUUCACUCCAAAAUGGUGGAAAUUAACUGACCCAGUAGUUUGGUUGGAAGCGGGCACACAGAUAUUCUUUUCCCUCGGUUUGGCAUUUGGCGGAUUAAUAGCGUUCUCUUCUUACAAUCCUGUGAACAACAAUUGUUAUCGAGACGCUAUUAUGGUCAGUUUAACAAAUUGUUUCACUUCGAUGUUUGCCGGGAUUGUUGUGUUUUCUAUUAUUGGUUUCAAAGCCACCAUGGUCUACGAACAUUGUUUAAUAGAAAGAAACGCCACGCUUAUCAAUAUUUUUGGCCAGAUAGAUAAAAUACCAGACGAAAUACCGGCAACCGGUACACUUUUAAACAUCACCACAGGGAAUGGAACGCUGGAUAAUUUAAUCAUGCCAGAGCUACCCGAAUGUGAUCUCGAGAAAGAAUUAGACAAUUCAGCAUCAGGCACAGGCUUAGCGUUUAUCAUCUUCACAGAAGCGAUUAAUCAAUUCCCUGGAGCUCAGUUCUGGUCGGUGUUGUUCUUCCUUAUGUUAUUCACGUUGGGCAUUGACUCUCAAUUUGGCACCCUCGAGGGAGUCGUUACAAGUAUCGUAGACAUGAAAUUGUUUCCAAAUUUGCGCAAAGAGAUUCUCACAGGUGGUAUUUGCUUGGUCUGCUGCGCGAUUUCCAUGGCUUUUGCACACGGUGCUGGUAGUUACGUGUUCGUGUUAUUCGAUAAUUUCAGUGGAAAUUUCCCUCUGUUGAUUAUCGCCUUCUUUGAAUGCAUCGCAGUCUCAUAUGUAUAUGGUUUGAAAAGAUUCGCCGAUGACAUCGAACUGAUGACUGGCAACCGUCCAGGCCUUUAUUGGCUAAUCUGUUGGAAAUACCUCAGCCCACUGGCUAUGCUGAGCAUUUUAAUUGCCUCGAUCGUGGAAAUCGUUGUCGAUGGAAGCGGUUAUCCAGCUUGGGUUGCCAGCAAAGGUAUUACGGAGAAACACGAGUGGCCGUUUUGGGCCCUGAUUCUCAUCGGUAUUCUCAUUCUCGCCUCUGUUCUUUGGAUUCCCACGGUUGCUAUCUGCAGACUUUUCGGAAUACUGAUAAUCGACGACAACGAGAAAGCGUGGUUCCCCGCGGCUGAUCUGAAGGAAUUUCACGGAAUUAUGCCACACGAAGUAACACCUGCUGAAACUUUGUUAUUCUGUAUAAGAAGCGACGGCUCAGAGGGUCUUUGUUGUCCAACUGGUGGCCCCAGCGAUGACGACGAGGAUCUCACCUAGGAAUGGUUAUCCUCGUGCAUGUUGGAUUAACAUGUGUUUAAAUGGUUCAUAGACCGAGAAACAGCAUUUUUUAACUUCAUAUCGAGGUCUGGAUCAUUGGCAAUUAAUUUAGGGGUAACUAGAUGUCACGAUUAUCAUUCCUUACAAUUUAAAUUCGGC